AUGCCACUUGUCGACUCGCUCAAUGUUUACCGUGACGGGGCCAAAAUCAAGAAAUCUUCAGCUGAGCCUUUGUCAUUCGAGCGUUAUGGAAAUGUGUUGUUGUUUUCUAGCAUUCUUACAAUGAUAUUAUGGUUCUCUUAUGAAGUACUGCAGUUAUACAUUGCUGCUAAAGCAUCUGGGAAAGGCUCGCACAUGACUUUCAAGAUAUGGAUUGCUCUGGCCUGCGAGUUUUUCUUGAGUUUCCCGGAGAUGAUUCUCGCAGUGAAUUUGAUCUUCACCCUGGUUUACGCUUAUAACUCCCAACCCCGGUCCAGGUACGAACUCAGUGAAGGGGAGGCUCCCUCGAUUGACGUUUUCAUCACAUGCUGUGGAGAGCCGAUGGAAGUUAUCCUUGAUACAAUAUGUGCUGCGAAAAAUCAGAAUUAUCCCAAAUCUCAAUUCAAGAUAUUUGUGUUGGAUGAUGGUCAUGACGAAAAUCUGCGGAAAGAAAUCGACCGACUCAAUAAAGACAAGGAAGCAAGCUCUGUUCCAGAUUUGAUAUAUCUUUCCAGAAAGGUUGGCAUAGGGCAAAAAUCUUACUUCAAAGCUGGAAAUAUACAAUUUGGUAUUGAAGAAAGCAAUGCCAGAUCUGGAUCAGAGUAUAUUGCUUCGCUUGAUGCAGAUAUGAUCCCUCAGACAGAUUGGCUUCGGAAGAUUAUACCACAUCUGAUGCUUGAUGAUAAGGUGGCUUUGGUUGCACCGCCUCAGGUAGACGAGAACCAUUCCUACGAAAUAUACCAAAUACCUUGCUAACAUCUGGAAAGGAUUAUUACAAUGCACCUAUUGGCGAUCCAUUCGGUAACAAAGCUGAAUUUGACCUAUGGUUCAGCUUAUACGAACCCCUGAAUGACCGCCUUGAUUCCGCUAUGUGCACAGGGACGGGAUACGUAGUUAGGAGACAAGCCCUCGAUGACAUUGGAGGUUGGCCCCAAGUCGAAUCGGGCGAGGACUACAUGUGCUCAACGAAAUUGAGCGAUCAUGGUUGGAUAGUUGCUUUUAUUCCCGAAAAGCUGCAGGUUGGACUUGCUCCGAAUUCUAUAAGGGCGCAUAUUAAACAGAGAAUGAGAUGGGUAUUUCGGUUUCCAACCGAUUCUUGUCUACCGCCGAUGAACCAUGGCUGAUGAAGUUCUUGAACAGACAGAUAGCGGGACCGCAGUACACAAAAGCUUUGGCUUUUAUCUCCCAGGAUCGAAGCUUACAUCAAAGUUAGACGCCCUCCAGAGAGUUGUGGCUAUCCUGACGGCUCUUCGAGAUUAUUCGCCAAUCACCACGGUCCUCUCCUUGCUCGUGCUUCCGUUGGCCCUGUUUCCUGAUAGCAAUGAUCAGUUUGAGAAAUUACAGAGUAAUAUCAAUACAAGCGUUCUCUACCGUAUGUUUACGGCAUACUACAUCAUUCAAAAGAUAAAUAAUUAUCUUCUGUGUGGCCAUGUAGGUAUACGUCGGGUAUGGAACUACCAAAGCAAUGAAAUUUGGUGCUCACCUUGUAAGUUUCUCUGGUAGCCGUUCUCAAGAUAUCUUCCUCGCUGACUAACUUUGAAGAUACCGCAUAUCGAUGCUUCUUAUCUCUCCUGCCUUCAUCGCUAACUUCAAUGACUUUCGAUGUCAGUGGGGCAAUCAGAUCUAGGAUGAACGAACGUUCUUCUGUUUCUCGAGCAACAGUAUUGCGUCGCUUAUCCAGUCCAAGCAUUCUUCUAUGUCUCAUGUACUGCAUUUACGCUUCCAUGCCACUGUCUUUGCGACUCAAUACCUAUUGCAUUUUAGAGCGAACAUCCCCGUCAGCAGUUUUCUUCGUAUUCCCAGGCGUUAUCAUUAAAACUUUCGAUUGCAUUGCCAAAGCUUCGGUUCCAGUGUGGUACAUGAUGUUUCCACCGACAAUGCCAAAUCGAAGGGCUCUUUUGGCGAAGAAGGUGAAAGGAGGAAAGGAGGAUGGCACAGCUUUAUUGGGCAAUGGUAUUCUUUUUGUUCUGGAUUUGAUGAGUUGUUUUGUCUUAUGGCGUGGCUUGCUCUGA